CCGCGCUUUCUCCUGUUUGUUUUUUUUGUUCUUGUCCUAAAAGUGAUCGGCCGAAUGCAAUAAGUUCAUUGGCAAAAUAAAAUAAUGUCGUCGGAUAAAGGAUUCGAUCUUAUUAGAGAGUAUGAACGUUCUACUGAUCCCAUACCAGCGUUCAAUGAUGAUGGCGUCCGUUCUGUGUUGGAGGAUAUUUCAAAGAUAUACCAAGAAAAUUAUGCCCAUGCAAUAACGUUCAACGAAACGGGUGACCGGAAACUGCUUCCACUCGUCAUGUACCGCCACAAUCUCAUCAAGCGCCAGAAACGAUGCGUCCUGGCCUACCUGUCCAACCGUCUGUUUCGUCUCAAACGGCUCCGCUGGCAUGUCGGUCCAAUCCUGCCGCCCGAAAUCAAAUCCUGCAUCAACGAUCCGGAAUCGGCGUGGUUCAACAAGUACUCGCGCAUACUGGCCGAGUACAUGGCCUCCAUUCACGACGGGUACGGGUUGAAUCUGACGAACGACAUCAAACCGCCGAAAUCCCUCUACAUCGAGGUACGCUGCCUGACCGACUACGGAAAGUUUGAGCUGGAAAGUGGGGAAAUAGUGCUGCUGAAGAAGAACAGUCAACACUACCUACCGAAGCUGCAGUGCGAACAGCUGAUCCGGCAGGGCAUCCUGCAACACAUUACAUAGAGACGUUUUUUUUUUUUUUGUUCUGGAAUGUUUGAACACCCUAGCACCCAUAAACCUUUUUUUAUAAAUACCCAACAAAUGCAUCCUACAAUACAACAA